GUCCCCGGCUCCGCGCCCGGCCCCCGCCCCGCAAGGCUUGCCUCUGUCCCGACCCGGGGCUGCGAGCGGCGGGACUCGGGGAGAGAGGGGCUGGGAGAGACCUCAGGGGCUGAGCCUGAGAGGCUGGGACGAGCGGGAGGAGGGAGGCCCGAGGGAGGAGGGAGGAGGGAGGAGGGCGGCGAGCUGGAGCCGGCAGGCGGCAGGAGCCCGGGCGAGCCGCGUCGGGAGUGCGGUCUCCAUGGCAGUGCUGGGCGCAGCCCGAGUGUGUCCUGGUGGCUGAGCCCCACCCCCACAACCCCUUGGGGCAUCCAGAAGACCCCUGAGUGGUCAAGAACCAGAGGAAGAAGAGAGCUGGAAGUCCUGGCAUGGGGACCAGGGCUCUGCAGCCUGACUCCUAGUUGGGAAAGCAGUCAGCUCACCUCCCCCAUCAACUACAGGGAUACUUCUGGAAGGGCCCCACCCGACAUGGAGGCUGGGGCCCACCUCUGCUGACCCUCAGUCUCCUCCCCUGCACCCCAUACCUGACCUUCGCUGGGUCAGUCAUGCAAUGCUGACCCUCAGGGUGAGCCUCACGGCAGCCUGCCCCACUCCAGAGCAAGGACUGUGGGCAUCAUGGGGGCGUGUGUGAGUGGGGCUCCUGGGUGAGACCCAGCCCCCACCCCCAGGAGUCCAAGGGGGGUGGGGGUGGGGGACCGAGGAAGGAUGGCGCGGGGCGGGGUGGGGGCAGAGGAGGCCUCCCUCCGCUCAAACGCGUUGUCCUGGCUGGCCUGUGGGCUCCUGGCACUGCUGGCCAAUGCCUGGAUCAUCCUCAGCAUCUCGGCCAAGCAGCAGAAGCACAAGCCGCUGGAGCUGCUGCUCUGCUUCCUGGCGGGCACGCACAUCCUCAUGGCGGCCGUGCCCCUCACCACCUUCGCCGUGGUGCAGCUCCGGCGCCAGGCCUCCUCAGACUAUGACUGGAACGAGAGUAUCUGCAAGGUCUUCGUGUCCACCUACUACACCCUGGCCCUGGCCACCUGCUUCACCGUUGCCUCCCUCUCCUACCACCGCAUGUGGAUGGUGCGCUGGCCCGUCAACUACCGCCUCAGCAACGCCAAGAAGCAGGCGCUGCACGCCGUCAUGGGCAUCUGGAUGGUCAGCUUCAUCCUCUCCACACUGCCCUCCAUUGGCUGGCACAACAACGGGGAGCGCUACUACGCCCGCGGCUGCCAGUUCAUAGUCUCCAAGAUUGGCCUCGGCUUUGGCGUCUGCUUCAGCCUCCUGCUCCUUGGGGGCAUUGUCAUGGGGCUGGUCUGUGUGGCUAUCACCUUCUACCAGACGCUGUGGGCCCGGCCCCGGAGGGCUCGGCAGGCCCGGAGAGCAGGGGUGGGGGGUGGGGCCAAGGGGGGUGGGUCAGGGGGUUUGGGUACCCGGCCAGCCUUUGAGGUGCCGGCCAUCGUGGUGGAAGAUGCCCGAGGGAAGCGGCGGUCCUCGCUGGAUGGCUCCGAGUCAGCCAAGACAUCCCUGCAGGUCACCAACCUGGUCAGCGCCAUCGUCUUUCUCUAUGACUCACUCACAGGGGUGCCCAUCUUGGUGGUGAGCUUCUUCUCCCUGAAGUCGGACUCGGCGCCCCCAUGGAUGGUGCUUGCUGUGCUGUGGUGUUCCAUGGCACAGACGCUGCUGCUGCCGUCCUUUAUCUGGUCCUGCGAGCGCUACCGCGCCGACGUGCGCACAGUGUGGGAGCAGUGCGUGGCUAUCAUGUCCGAGGAGGAUGGCGACGACGAUGGGGGCUGUGAUGACUAUGCAGAUGGCCGAGUGUGCAAAGUUCGCUUUGAUGCCAACGGGGCCACAGGACCAGGGGGCAGGGACCCCGCCCAAGUGAAGCUGCUGCCUGGAAGGCACAUGCUUUUUCCCCCUCUUGAGAGGGUCCAUUACUUACAGGUCCCUCUGGCCCGCCGUCUGUCCCAUGAUGAGACCAACAUCUUCGCUACUCCUCGGGCACCAGGCUCCUUCCUGCACAAGUGGUCAUCCUCUGAUGACAUCCGGGUCCUCCCAGCACAGAGCCGGGCCCUAGGGGGCCCUCCUGAGUACCUGGGACAGAGACAAAGGCUGGAGGAUGAGGAGGAUGAGGAGGAGGCUGAAGGUGGGGGGCUGGCCAGCCUCCGCCAAUUCCUGGAGGGUGGGGUUCUGGGGUCAGGUGGGGGACCUCCACGGGGUCCAGGCUUCUUCCGAGAGGAGAUCACCACCUUCAUUGAUGAGACGCCUCUGCCUUCUCCGACUGCCUCGCCGGGGCCCUCUCCUCGCCGGCCCAGGCCCCUGGGCAUCUCACCCCGCCGACUCUCCCUUGGGUCCCCUGAGAGCAGAGCCAUUGGACUUCCUUUGGGCCUAAGUGCAGGGCGACGCUGCUCCCUGACAGGAGGUGAGGGGGGCGCACGAGCUUGGGGAGGAUCCUGGGGCCCAGGUAACCCCAUCUUCCCCCAGCUGACCCUGUGAGCCCAAGUGGGCCUGCUGGACUGAGAGGAGGUGGGGCUGGGUGGGUAACACCUCGUUCUAUACCUGAGCCUAAGGUGGCUGCCUCCAGACUCUGAGGAGAUGGGCUGGAUCGGGGGCCCUGGAACUCCUGCUGUCAUCCCGUCACCGGAUGCCCAGCUCACCUUCCGUCAUCCCUAGCAAAAUGUAUUAAAGUCUGAAGUGUUACCAUGAAAA